GAUCAGAGAGCGUACCUCCUCGUCCGUAGUGGCUGAGCACUGCUGUUUCGUUCUUCUGUAGCAUUGUCCGUUUUUCGCCGACCGGCUUGCCGUGAAGCGAUCAAUCAUGGCUGCACUGCUUCAGAGGCGUAGACCAACACCAUCAGGGGUAGCAGCGCCACGUGCGGCUGUUGGCUUGUUGCUGUUGCUGCUUGUCGUCUUCCUGGACCUAGCUACCGCACGAAUGAACAGCCGCCGCGGGAUUAAAGGUGCCGUCAAGAAUACACCGUUGGUACAGGACCGCUCGUUCGCCAAGGCCGACUGGAGGAUCACGCGAGAUUUUUUCUUCAAGCGGGAUCAGGCUAAAAACGGGGCGGAUUUCCUGACGGCGCGCGAGAACAAGCUGGCCAAAUUCAAGAACUCGGGCGAGGUCGGGUACUGGAAGUUGGUUCGGCGCCCGAUCCCGGGAGCGCCGAAGCGGCAAAGUCCGCUCGGUAACGAAGGGAUCGACUACCUCGUUUUGGAUAUCCCGGAGCAAGGCCCCCGCCGGAAUCUCAUCGUGUCGUACGAGAUCCCCAUUUCCAACGGGCGAUACCACCCAAGUUCGAUCAUGUUCGCUCAGAAGGGCACCAUCUACGUGGCCAACGCGAAGGAGCAGCUCGUCGGGCCCGCGGCGGCCGCCCGCAAGAAGAUCGGUAGCUUUAGCGUCGACCUCCCGACGCUUGAACCCAUGGUGGAUCGAACAUUCACCUUGUAGAUGAUGAUGACUCGAAGGAAAUGUAGGUGGAGGGCAGGGGGGGGGGGGCGUACUCUUACGUUUUGCAUGCCUUAGC